AGGAGGCUUGAGGUUGUUGCUGAGCUGGGAUGUGAUGGUGAUGACGAAGUGAAAAUGGCGGAUCUUUCGAAAUACUAUCCCGGCCCCUGACAUACCAGAGACAGUAGCAGAACAGCCUUAAGAGGCUCCCCCUCCUUUGCCCGCUGCUGCCAGCAGUUCUCCCUCUCCUCGCCUCUUCCUCCAGCUCCUGAGCAGCCGCUUGUCCAGCUAUUCAGACACUUCAGGGCGAAGCCCCCUCCCUCCUUCGGGCUGGGACUUAACCGCGGGGAAGGACUCGAUGGCUGCGCCCGAAAGAGGGUGAGAGACGCUUCAAGGCCUGGACGGAAGGACAUGGCGAAUGAGUGGGGCUUGUAUCCUGGAAAGGAGUGCCCUGCCCUAGAUGCAGGUGUUUUGAAGUCUGAGGAGUAGUUAAUCUGGUCGCAACGGAGAGAGUUUGGGAACUGUUAAGGCCUAACUCAUUUUCCAAGUUGGUGCUGCAUUAUGUUUCUGGAGUUGGUUUGAUGUAAGCAGAAUUUAAAAGAAAUUCAGCUGACAAAACCAAAUUUCCUUUGAACUAUCACUGCAGUGCCUCUUUCUUUGACCUACCAUCAAGUUUUGCAAUAUGGAGGUGGUGUCGGCAGAAGUGAACAGUUUGCUCCCUGAAGAGAUAAUGGACACAGGUAUAACACUGGAGGAAGAUGAGACCAUUGAGGCUGUAAUUGUAGGCGACACUAUUCCUAUGGAAACAGAACUGGAAGGGAUGGCUAAUGUAAGCUCAGUUGGAGAGUCUACAACUACUGCAGCACUGUCAAUUGCCACAGAGACUGUCACAGUGCCCAGCAAUUGUGUAAGCCAUGUCACAGGCAACACUGCCACUGCAAAAGCGGACACUGGUGCAGCUGUACAAUCUUCCUUUCAAAGUGGCCUCCAAAACCUGGGUACUCAGACUCCUGUCACUAUAUCAGCCAAUCAGAUCAUUCUAAACAAGGCAACAGACUUGAAACUUGGUAAACAGACUAUAAAACAGGAGGGGCAAAAGCUCAUUGUAACAACUCUGGGGAAGCCUGGGCAGCCAAUUGUCUUAGCACUACCCCACAACCAGCUAUCACAAUCUCCGAAGGCCACAUCACAAGUGCAAGUAAGCGACUCCAAGGUGUCAACACAGCAGUUCAAAGUGGUAACUAUUGGAGGAAGGCCAGAGGUGAAACCUGUCAUUGGUGUGUCAGCCUUGACUCCAGGGAACCAGCUGGUAAAUACUGCCACUCAGUCCUCUGUAUUGCAGACCCAGCAAUUAAAAGCAGUGCAGAUUGCUAAGAAAAACAGGACACCAACCUCAGCCCCAGUGAUCACAAAGUUGAUCUUCACAAAACCAAUCAACAGUAAAGCAGUUACAGGGCAGACUACUCAAGUAUCACCAGUCAUUGCAGGUAGAGUUCUCUCACAGACUACUCCAGGAACACCUCCGAAGACUGUAACUAUAUCAGAAAGUGGAGUUAUUGGAACUUCUUUAAGUUCUACUAUCCAACAGACACCAAAUAAAAUAGCCAUCUCACCCUUGAAGUCCCCUAACAAGCAGCUAACAGUGGUGUCGGUCGCCUCACAGCCUCCAAGUUCCCCUCAGAAAACAGUUGGUGUUCCUUUAAAUGUAGCGUUGGGGCAACAGAUUCUCACAGUGCAGCAUUCAGCUCCCUCUUCCCCAGGAAAGGCAGUAGCUAACAAUACAACUGCUCAGGCUGUGAAAUCUGCAGUCCAGACCCUCACUGUGGGAGGAAUGAGUACAUCUCAGUUCAAGACCAUAAUUCCCUUGGCAACAGCACCCAAUGUUCAGCAAAUUCAGGUACCUGGAAGCAAAUUCCAUUACGUCCGGCUUGUAACUGCCACAACAGCCAACAAUUCAUCACAGCCAGCCACUCAGAACCCCAGUACCAGCACCGCACCCCUUCAACAAGCUAAGCCAAUGGUGGUGAAUGCAACUCCUGUGCGGAUGUCUGUCCCAAUUGUUCCAGCAGCGCAGACUGUCAAACAAGUUGCACCCAAACCAAUUAACUCAGCUUCACAGAUUGUUACCACGAGCCAGCCACAGCAAAGACUUAUUAUGCCUGCCACCCCACUGCCACAGAUUCAGCCAAACCUCACUAACCUUCCCCCAGGCACUGUGCUGGCCCCAGCCCCUGGCGCAGGAAAUGUGGGAUAUGCUGUUCUCCCAGCUCAAUAUGUCACACAGCUGCAACAGUCCUCCUACGUAUCCAUAGCAAGCAACACCAAUCUUACUGGGACAUCUAGUAUCCAGACACAGGCUCGACUGCCAUUCAAUGGAAUAAUUCCCUCCGAAUCAGCAAAUCGUCCCAGAAAGCCAUGCAACUGUACAAAAUCUUUGUGUCUUAAGCUGUAUUGUGAUUGCUUUGCCAAUGGUGAAUUCUGCAACAACUGCAACUGUACAAAUUGUUAUAACAACCUGGACCAUGAAAAUGAUAGACAAAAAGCAAUCAAGGCCUGCCUUGACAGAAACCCCGAGGCCUUCAAGCCCAAAAUAGGGAAGGGAAAAGAAGGCGAGUCAGACAGACGGCACAGCAAAGGUUGUAAUUGCAAGCGGUCUGGGUGCCUAAAAAACUAUUGUGAAUGUUAUGAGGCAAAGAUCAUGUGUUCUUCAAUUUGCAAGUGUAUUGGCUGCAAGAACUUUGAAGAAAGCCCAGAGCGGAAGACGUUGAUGCACUUGGCUGAUGCUGCUGAAGUGAGAGUUCAGCAACAAACAGCUGCAAAGACAAAGCUGUCCUCACAGAUCUCAGACUUGCUAACUAGGCCAGCACCCGUGCUGACCAGUGGAGGAGGAAGGUUGCCCUUUACAUUUGUAACAAAGGAGGUUACAGAUGCAACAUGUGACUGCCUACUAGCACAGGCUGAGCAGGCUGAGAAGGCAGGCAAGUCAAAGGCAGUAGCAGAACGGAUGAUUCUAGAGGAAUUUGGACGUUGUCUAAUGAGAAUCAUUAACUCAGCGGGAAAGUCCAAAAGUGACCCUUGUGCCAUGAACUGCUGACUCUUGUAAAUGUCUGUAUGGGACACUAAAAGGCACACGGACACUUUUUAGUUCACAGCAGCAUUCUUCACUCUUCAUUUGGUGCUGCUUAGUUUCAUUGGUGUAUGUUAAUAUUGAAGCUUUGUAAUGAUGUAUGUUAAUAUUGAAGCGUUAAGCUUAACUUUCUUAUACUCCAUAAAUCUGAGAUGUUUAGUUAGCUUCAUUCCUUCUCUUGUAGAUGAUGUUAUACAGGCAAUUCUUUAAAUUAUUAUUUGCAAUGUAUAGUGUUGAAUUUUGUACGGGGGAAGGGGAGAGACAUCAGUCAGUCUAUCAGGAACAUGUCUUGGGCAAAUCUGUUUGGAAUGACUAGGUAUUCUUGCCACAGUAGCAUCUUGGGCAGAUUUUCCCAGUAAGCUGGAGCAGCCUCACAACAGAUUUGCUUUGCAUCCUCAGUACACCCAUGGAUGAGUUCAUGCUUAAAGGACAUCAUUAAAAAUAAAUACGUGCUGAAAAACAAUUAAAAAAGAAAUGCCAGUCCAUUGGUUGUCUUAUUGGCUGCAGUCCUGACUUCAGUGGGCAGACUUAAUUGCGUUGAUCUUAAUAUACUAAGGAUAAUGCAUUAUAAGAGCUAAAUACAGGAAUAUAUAAUACUGAUAUACAAAAAUCAAGGUAAAAAUUAUAUCAACUUAAAGAACCAUAAAAUAAUCCUAAGUUUUAAAAAUAAUGUAUGUCAUAUACUAAAUUUUAAUAAACCAUUUUCAUUGGUUUCAGAGAUGAUGAAUAUUUUGUUUGACAGACUUUAACUGCAGAUUUUUAAUAUUGGUGCUAUGCCCCACAGAUCCCCCAAACUUUUGAAGGAACUGGAGGUAAAUGUUUUUAUCUGGUCUUUAUCUUGAAUCUAGCUCAUUUCAGCAGCAACCAAGAUUCCCUGUAAGUUCCUGAUCACUUAAAGACUUCUGCUUGAGAUAUUCUAGUAGAAUCAUCAAAAGAACUCCUGACUCCAGUUAUAUUUGUAAUAUCUUAUAACAUCUCAGAAAAUCUCUAAGCUCCAUGCACUUCUACUGCAUGAGGUUGGAAAAAAAAUCCCAUAUUGGGGUGUAUCUCCUCUGACAUAAAUAAGCCACUGUAACCAAGCUUGAUGUAAUAUACCACCUAAACAGCAUUUUGCAAUAUCAUGCCUUUUAACUUAAUGCUGGAAAUAAGGGGGAAAGCACAGCAUAACUCUUAAUCCAUAUAAAUGUGAGGUGUAUUUGUUGAGUACUCCCAGCCCUUUUCCCAGAUCUCCAAAUACUGGAAAGCGCCCCCCCCCCCCGCCCAAUCACCCAUAACAUCUUAAGCUAGUCUGUGUCUCUUGAGUUUCUCAAGCAACAGCUCCCCACUGCAUUAUACUACACACAGCAAACUAUGUUUGAAGGGGUAUGUUUGUGGUUAACAUGCUAAAUUUCAUCAGUAUAUCUUCUUGGAUCCCAGCUGGUUUCCACAAGAGUACUUAGUAAUGUGCAAGGGUUGCAUCAACUGUACAACUAUGUGGUUUUGUUGUAAAUUAUAUAAAGUUUGAAGGUGUACCUUUAAGGAUGCGGCACAUUGGAUUUUUUAAAACUAUGCGAUAGUUAUAUAUACCAGGGGUGGCCAAACUGAGGCUUGUGAGCUGCAUGUGGCUCUUUGAGUUUAUUUUGCAACUUGCAGCUCUCAAACAUCUGACAUUUACCACAUGUGGCUCUUCCGCUAAGCGAGUCUGGCCACCCCGUUAUACAUAUAUUUGACUAGAAUAAUAACUAGUCACCAUAUGAUGCUAGUACACUUGAGUCCAUUGAUUUCAGUUGCCUUAAGUAUUGCUGCUUCUGCUGCAUCAGACAACAGAUACUUCCAUUCAGAAAUUAUCUAAACCAUUAUCUAAAACUGCAGCUGCCUGCAUAAGAAGGAAGGUUUUCCAUAUAAAUGUUUCAUUUGGGUGGAAAACAGGUAGGCAGUUGUUUGCUUGUUUUUUUCUUUUUCAGCAGAAAGCAAACCAAGUCUUUGUAGCAAUUCAGCUGAGUUGUUCAAAUAUAGCUAUAUACAAAUUACUUGCAAGCCAUACAUACUUUUUAAUACUGCCUCAACUUAGCUUCUAUUUUAAAUAUAUUUUAGCAGUGCAGUUUGUUAGCCUGACACUGUAUAUUAAGACAAAACUUUGGUGGAACAGGAAAAAAGGAUGAACAAUGUUCAGAUAAAAAUGCUUAGAAGAAUCUCUAACAAAUACAACUAAAAUGCUAAACAUGACAGCUUGUUCUUCUAUUGCAGCAAUUUGUUCCAUGAGUUUCAUGAAUGGAUAUAAAUUCCAUGUUUGAAUUAGUAAGCACUUCUUAGAUAUCUUAAUCUGCUUUGUAAUAAGUAUUUUUCAAAAGGGAUGUUUUCUCUACAUAAUUGUACAUAUAUAUUCUUAUUAUGUAACUGUACAUGUACACACAUAGCAGACCUGCAUAUAUGUACACAGAAUCCUGAAAGGAUUUGUUCAUUUUAGAUGAAAUGUUUUACAAGUAGAACUCUGACUUGGAAAAAGUCAGUGUAUUACUUUUCCAAGUAGAUGCUGAAGACUUGCCUUUUUUUUACUAAUUCCAUGAGCAUCCCUAGGAUGAGAUUUGUAUAAAUGUAAAUUAGUGUGAGUGGAAAUAAUACUUGAUAAGGUUAUUUUUCAUGCAUCUUUUUGUCUAGAACUAAAUUUGUGUUGAAUUUUGUACAUAUUCUGUGUCUUAUUCUAACUUGCACCUUUUUGUGAUGUGUAUUUAUAAGUGUGCAGAAAUCCUUUUGUGAAGUUUGGAUUCCAGUUGUAGAUUAUGUAUGAUGGAAUUGUGUGUAAAAGACUUGAAGAAGGUGCAAUCAAAGAUCUAGUUUUCUGUCUCUUAGAGCAAGCUUUCUCCUGUACUUAGCUUGGUUCUUCCCCUCCUCCCCUUUGUGUUUUUUUUAACAUGGUCCUUUGCAUGCUAUUGCUGAACAAGUUCAUAAAAACACAUCAAGAUACCGGGAACAAUUUAUAAAGUACUCCUACAGUGCAGCCCACUCCAUUUUAGUGGAGUGCUUGCAGUAUUUCUGACAAAACACAAACAGAAAUCAUUAGCAGGUGCCUAGCCAGAGUGCUUUUAUAUUGUAUCCACUGUCAGCAAAUUUUGAGAGGGGAGGGUUGGCUGGGGUUCAUUUUCUAGUUCUGGUUUACAUCUAAAAUAGAUUUAAAUUUAUAUUUACUAGAACUAUUCAAAGAAUACACUUUUCUAUAUUGUAAAAACAAAUGUCAGAUAAAUCACAGAUAAAGAAAAAUAAAACAUUUAUACUAUUAUGUAACAAUGGACUUUGCACAUUUUUCUUUAACAAUCAGGAAUAUGAAGGCAUUUUAUUAAACUACCAAUUCUUAUUACCA